UUAGUCUGUUUUUUGUAGAGAGAUCAGAGACCGGAGACUCGAAGUCAAGCAUCCUUCGUCCCUCCCACAGAAUCAGCUUUUCUGCAAUCCUAAAUUUAAUCCGUCCCUAAACGUGUUAUCGCUUCUCAAUCUGCCCUUCUCCGGAUCUCAAUCCUCGGCACUUUUUCUCCUUAAAUUAUCUUUUCCAAAACGCUGCACCCAACCCAAUAGGAAUUGAACUUUAGAGGUUUGGACAAUGGCAGCGAACUCUUCAAAUGGAGAUCAACAAAAAGCAACAAAAUCGCCUCCCCUCCCAUCCCCCUUGCGUUUUUCGAAGUUUUUUCAAUCCAAUAUGAGAAUCCUGGUCACUGGAGGAGCAGGAUUUAUUGGCUCUCACCUAGUUGAUAGAUUGAUGGAAAACGAAAAAAAUGAGGUCAUUGUUGUUGAUAACUUCUUCACCGGAUCAAAGGACAACCUUAGAAAAUGGAUUGGUCAUCCAAGAUUUGAGCUAAUCCGUCAUGAUGUGACUGAACAAUUAUUGAUUGAGGUUGAUCAGAUCUACCAUCUUGCCUGCCCUGCUUCUCCAAUUUUCUACAAGUACAAUCCUGUGAAGACAAUAAAGACAAAUGUUAUUGGGACACUGAACAUGCUUGGCCUUGCAAAGCGAGUGGGAGCACGUAUUUUGCUUACCUCUACUUCAGAAGUAUAUGGGGAUCCUCUUGUGCACCCACAACCAGAAAGCUAUUGGGGUAAUGUUAACCCUAUUGGAGUUCGGAGUUGCUAUGAUGAGGGGAAGCGUGUUGCGGAAACUUUGAUGUUUGAUUAUCAUAGGCAGCAUGGAAUAGAAAUACGCAUUGCUAGAAUCUUUAACACAUAUGGGCCACGCAUGAAUAUUGAUGAUGGGCGUGUUGUCAGCAACUUUAUUGCCCAAGCACUUCGUGGAGAGCCAUUGACGGUCCAACACCCAGGAACACAAACUCGCAGUUUCUGCUAUGUCUCUGACAUGGUCGAUGGUCUCAUCCGUCUCAUGGAAGGGGAAGACACUGGUCCAAUCAACCUUGGAAACCCAGGUGAAUUUACAAUGAUUGAGCUUGCUGAGACGGUGAAAGAGCUUAUUAAUCCAGCAGUGGAAAUAAAGAUGGUGGAGAACACUCCCGAUGACCCUCGACAGAGAAAACCAGACAUAACAAAAGCAAAAGAACUGUUGGGUUGGGAACCAAAUGUCAGGUUGCGAGAUGGCCUUCCUCUUAUGGAAGAGGAUUUCCGUCUCAGGCUUGGGGUUGAAAAAAAGAAUUGAACUCAAACAUUUUGCCCCUUCAUGUCAUCAUGAGUAAUGAAAGAUGCGUAGUUAAUUUGGUAGUUGCCUACGUUUUAUUAGAGUUCAGUAUGAACUUCUUCUCCUUGUUCUGUACCCCUUUCCCUUCUCUUUUCGGGUACAUGCGCUUGCCAGCUACUGUUUAAUAGCAUACAAAGAUAAAAGAAAUUGCCAGCUACAAUGAAAUUUUUCUAUUGAUAAUGUGUUGGAUUCAACUUA